UAUCGUAUGAUCUCCGAAACCGGAUUUCGGAAAAAUACAGAAAUCCGUAAAGUUACCGUUAGGAAGUUGAUUGACUCGAUCUAGAUAUCCGCGCGCAUCAAUACCUAGUUUAUCACUAGGAAGACAUGUCGGCCGCGCCCUUUUUGUAAGCAGAUCGCCCGGCGUCGUAUAGGAACCGCAGAAGUGGCCAGAACAGUAUGCAUCCAUCAAUCACCAGUCAGCCAGCUUGAAAAUCAGCUAACAACAACGUUCCAUUGUACGAGCGACGGGGCAGUACGAAGAAGCAUAUACGCUAGCUGUUGACAUCUAUGAGAGCUGUGGAUAUGAUGACUGUUGUCUGUGUUGUAGAAGCCGGGUAGAUGUGACGGUAAUUGUAGCUAUCGUAGCUGCUGCUGUUGUGGUUGAGUAAGCAGACGGGCCGGCUUGCUUAGCUCUUUCAAGCCGCUCAAUUCUAUUGAGUAGUAUUCCUGGUUAACGUUGAAACGAGUACCACAAGCAGGCCUAUAUUUGCUAUAUCAGUCGACACUCACCCUGAGCUGUCCCGUAAUGUUGUGUUAGAGCGCAGCUAUUGUUCGAUGAGCUAUAAUUGUUAGCGGCAUUUGGGAGCCGUUUCUGAUGAAACGCGGUCUCGAAGGAGACUAAGUGUCGGUGCGUUACUGGCAUCGCUUGACCGUCCGCGACGAUUUUGCGUCUCUCGGACGAGCGUUAGCACACAGUUACAAUAACACAUUGACUGGCCGGUGUCUUAAUUUCGACGAUCGUCUCCACUGCGCGUAGGCAGGAGUAUAUACAACGCAUAGUCAAAAAGAAAAGGCACAACACCUUUUUAUUUUCGAAGAUUCUCCUGCGCUUACUGGUGCACAGUGAUAUUAAUCCUUAACUAAUCAGGCUUUCCAGUAGGUGCGGUCGUUCUAGUAUUCAACACCCACUCUGUCGGGUGUUGAGGUGGAGACCCGCUCGAAAUGUACAGAAAUGAGAUGAGUCAUCUCCAACUUUUGGCCCUGUUUUCCCGCCUGGCCCGUCUCGACUGCUGCCGAGCAGAAUUAGGCCGGGUCGAUCCAUCGACGAUGUCUGCGCAGGAGCUGGAAGAGCUAAUUCGGCGUCUUGAAUUAGUGGUCACUCGGCUGGAGACUGCUGAAAACAGAGACGGAGGAGCAGCUUCGUCAGACAAAGAAGUGGCUGCGUUCGUGACUGCUUAUGAUGACAUUGUGUCGGGGCCGUUUGCGGAUUACCUGCGUCUAUCAAACCAGGUCGGGGGCGAGGUCGCUGAGCAGGCCACCAUGGUUGAAACUUGCCUUAAACUACAACGGGGCUUUGUAUUGAUGGCGUCCAAAUCGAGAAAGCCGUCCACAGACGAACUGAUGGCCCUUCUUAGGCCACAGUCCGAAUCGAUCCAAAGUAUUCAAGCCUUUCGCGAAGCUAAGCGAACUUCAAAGCUAUUCAAUCAUUUGUCGGCAAUCUCAGAGUCGAUUCCCGCGCUUGGUUGGAUUGCCGUUGCUCCCACACCUGGACCUCACGUCAAGGAAAUGGCCGACGCUUGCCAAUUCUACACAAACCGCGUACUAAUGGAAUACAAGAACUUGGACAAAACGCAUGUGGAAUGGACCAGAUCAUGGCUAGCUGUACUGGCUCAACUUCAGGCAUAUAUCAAGCAGUAUCACACGACAGGGCUCAGCUGGAACCCCAAAGGCGAUAGCGCCGCGGCUGUUGCUAAAGCAACCGGUGAUAGUUAUGCCAUAACCAGUAGAUCCCCACAAUGUCCACCCCCAUCUACCCCAACUGGGAUGCCGCCGCCCCCACCGCCUCCUUCUGUUGAUUACAUGCUCGGCAAAACAAUACCCGCCGGUGGCGAUGGAGAUCCCAGAGCUGCUUUAUUUGCUUCGAUCAAUCAGGGUUCGAAUAUCACUAAGGGCCUGAAACAUGUCACUGCUGACCAAAUGACACACAAGAAUCCGUCACUGAGGGAUUCGUCAGUGGUUCCUGCAAAAGCACAUGGCGGUUCUAGUGGUAGAGCUGUAACCGCUCCGACGCCUCAAAGUGCAAAGCCUCCAAGGGUUGAGCUUGAUGGUAGGAAAUGGAUUGUGGAGUAUCAUCGUGACAAUCCGUUGCUGGAACUGCGUGACGUACAAAUGAAUCAGGUAGUCUAUGUAUACGGCUGCCAGAACUCUGUCAUUAUCGUCAAAGGUAAAUGCAAUUCGAUCUCUAUUGACAAUUGCAAGAAGACGUCGAUUAUAUUCGAUGAUAUCUUGGGGACGGUUGAAUUCGUCAAUUGUCAGUCCGUUAAAGCACAGGCCCUAGGCAAAGUCCCGACGGUUGCUAUCGAUAAGACGGACGGCGCACACGUCUUCCUCAGCCCGACGAGCAUGGACACGGAAAUUGUCACCUCAAAAUCAUCUGAGGUCAACGUCAGCGUGCCUCAAGGGAGCGAAGGAGAUUAUGUGGAAUGCCCUAUCCCGGAACAGUUCAAGAGCACCUGGAAUGGGAAGACCAUGAACACCGAGAUUCUUGACAUUUCCACUUAAUUAAGCAAUUUACGAAGCUGAGUCACCGCUGAUCAUCCCCGGAGUAAAAAUUGUCCCCGCUAAAUAUUGAACGGACUACAGUACAGUAAUAAGUGAAUAAACAGAUGAAUCAAGCAACUCGA